CCAGCAGGACGCCCCGGCGUCACCGAGAGGAGGGUGUUGCCGGCUCCGGAGUCAUGGCCGGCGCCUACCCUGAAGGCGGGCCCGCGGCCUUCGGCGGGAAGAGGCCGCAGUUCGGGAGCCGGCUCCUGGGCGAUCCGGCGCGCGUCUUCCACCACAACGCCUGGGACAACGUGGAGUGGUCGGAAGAGCAGGCCGCGGCGGCGGAAAGGAAGGUCCAGGAGAACAGCACCCAGCGGGUGUGCCCGGAGAAACAAGGUGCGCCCAGCUGGGCCCUCGGCGGUCCCGCAGCCAGCGGACUGCCGGACGCGCCGCCCGGAGAGGCCGGACAACCUCGGCCGCCAAAAGCCGCGGUACCGGCCUGAGAACGCGAGUCCAACGGCAGCGGGAGGGGAUGAGUAACGAAGAAAACGGCUGCAUUUGAGCAGAGUCCUGUCAGGGCAUAGAGGCUACUUUGAGUUUUUGAAACUUCAAUAUGGCAAAAUAAAUGUUUUAUGAAUGAAAAGUUUAACAAA